CAAAGGUUAGUGACUGCUUUCAAUAAGAAUCCAAAGUUUGGGGACUGUUUAAGAAAUUUACAUGUGAAUCAAUUGGAUUCGGAGGUUUGUUUUGUGUAACAAGAUUUGUCCUUUUGCUGAUCUCAUUUCAUUCCUCCCACCAUUUUGUCUUCUUCUUCUCUCUCUUGCGUCUUUCCCCUUUCCAGUCCACAGCACCUUUCUCAUUCUCACCACUCUACGCACAGAGCAGCAGCUGCAACUGACAGCUUUCUCUCCAAUCUCCGACGGACUCCGGUGAUCAAACGGUGGAGGCGGCGGCACUCAACGGUAAGCUUCUUCUCGCCCCUCCUCGUUUCCCCGUCUCUUUUCGUUUUCUUUUCUAUGUAUCUCCAUGGCUUCUUCUGCUUUUUGUUCCCUAUAUCUGCCCGCCGUUAGCAUCGGUGGCUAUGCGCCGGUCGCCGGGGAGGGGAACCACCGGCCCCAUUACAUUUAUUCAUCUUCAUCUGUUAUUGAAGCUCUCUAACUACCUGCUGUCUACUUUCCCUCUGCAUUCUUUCCUCUAUGAAACUUGGGUAGAAAUUAGGUUUUCGUUGCUCUGAUUCGUGUCUUUUUCUCUGAAAUUUCUUCCCAUCUUCGUCAGCCAGGGGAACCCGGUGAUCAAACGGCGGAGAACACACUACCAUCGGACGGCUGCACUAGACGGUGGUGAGCUUCUCUUCUUUCUCCUCGCUCUUUUUCAUUCUCUGCGUCUCCAUGGUUUCUUAUGCUUUUCUUUUUUCUAUUUUUGCCGCCGUCAGAAUGGAGAAGCUUAGGCGGAUCAACCGGGACGUCUCCGAUUUGGUGCUAACAAAAUUGCAAGCUAGGGAUUUGCUUCAGAUGAAAUGCGUCUCCAGAGCUUGGCGCGACCUCAUCUCUGACCGAUCAUUCGCUGUGCACCAUUCCCUCCACGGGCAUCCGCCGCUGCUAUCGGGGUUCCUCUUCCAGGAGAAAUCUCGAUGGGUGCCGCACAAGGUCUCGGCUGUGAGCUACGUCUCCACUCCGAAGGAAGAACCACCAAAGCUUCUCAAGACCCCUCUGGACUCCAUUCCAGAGAAUUUCGCCAUUGCAUCUUCCUGCAACGGCUUGAUCUGCUGCAAGAGCUUCUCCCCUCUCAGCAAGGGUGCUUCCAUCCCUUUAUCAAAAAACACUAGUGCUACUAUCCACGUAGGUAACGUUCUAACCAAAGAGUGGGUGCAAGUAGACUGGAAAGGGCCGCUUGGGACUGCGGUUGCCAUGGGACUGACUUUUGAUCCUUGUUCUGAUCUCACCGGUAGUUCCACCAACUUCAAGGUGGUCAUGGUAUGGCAGACGGAGGACAGUGAUGGGUACUCGUUUCAUGUGUACUCAUCGGAGACGAAGAGUUGGAGGCUUUCGGAUGAAAUGUGUGAUCCCGGGUGGUACGAGGUGUACGAUACCAAAUGUGUGUCUGUGAAAGGGGUAGUGUACUGGCUCACUGAUGGAGAUAAGAUUCUGCUGUUUGAUGUGGAAAAGGAGAUGUCUUAUAGUGUCUCUACCCCGAUCCCAGCUUCAGAAUUCGAUACCGAACCAGUGGUUGCCUGUGUUGGGGAAGCUGAUGGGAAGUUGCAAUAUGUAAUGGUGUCGAUGGAAGGACUUCUGGUUUGGGGUUUGGAAGAUCUAUACGAGGGUAAGUGGUCGCUCGAGUAUACAAAGUCGUUGGCCGAUAUGGAGAAAGAGCAUGCCGAGUUCUCACUCAAUCUGCAACAAGUGCUGAGGAUGCAGGAGCUCAAGGAGCGAUGGGUGGAUCCUUUGGCUUUUAGAGAUGGUAUUUUGAUGCUGAGGGUUUCGAACACGGUUUUCUCCUACAACACGAGGAACGGUGGGAUGAACCGUGUUGCUCAUGUGACUGAGUUUGGUACUGAGAGCAUGUUUGAUUCUAUAGUGGUUCCUUACUCUUUGAGCUUGGCUCCUCUGAAUCUGCCCUGAAAAAAGGUGCCUAGCUCUAGUUUCUUUUGCUACUUAUCGUUGAUUUACGUCGUCGAUGUCUGAUUGUGCCUCUCUCUAUACUUCGUUUUGCAGAAAAUAUGCAGAAGGCACCUCCUGUGCAGGUUUCAUGGGUACAAUUCAAAGCUUUCCCCUGUCCCAUAACCAUUUUGUUGAGGGAGCAAGGUUUUGGAAUUUGGAUGUCUCAAAGAUUAGUUAUGGAUGUAGACUGUAUAGUACUGACAUAUAUAUGUCUAGCUAAACAGUAAUAUAGGUUACAUUUGCCAGAUAGUUCUGGUGUUGCACCUGCUGCCCAUUUUGUUUGGGAGAGUUUCUUUUGAUAGGGUACAAAACAGAGGGUGGGGAAAGAAAGUAUUAUGUUUUCUCCUGUGAAAACUCUUCGAUCUUUUUCACCUGACCUGAUAUGUCAUAUGUGCUGAUGGGAAGCCCUGGAAAUGGGCCCGGGGAUCCGGAGAACAAUUCUGUCCCGGGCCGGCAAAUAAUUCGAGUCGACCAACACAUUCUUGAGCUGAUCGGGUAACAGUUAAACUCGGCUCGAUUCCACCCUAAAUUAGCACGACUAACAAGUCAUCUUGAACAUCACGAUCAUUUGUUUACCGAGUAUUCUACAUGUGUCGAGAAGUCAAACUAGGAAGCCAUAAGAAUAAGAUGCCUCCUAAUGCAAACAAAGAACACGGUCACAAUCAAACAUACUACAACAAGAUCGUACAUCCACCGCGUAGUUAUAAGUUGGCAAUUCAGUGCACAGCUUACGCAUCAAAACAAACUAAGGGUCCUAGAUCUUUUGGCUUCCUCUUCCUAUUACUUGCAUUAUGGUUUCCCCUUCAAAACCUCAUUUCAACCGUUCAAAAUUGACGACGAAUAUUUGAUUUUUCUCCAUGGAGGCAAAUAUGGUGACCAUCUCUUUCUCCCUGCCUGGGAAAGCUGCCAAAGGUCCCAGGUUUGUACGUCUUUCUCAUUGGGAUAUUUGUGUAAUGAGUUUCGCUUGUUGCGGUUGUUGAGAAUUGAUUUUGAGAACCCAAUUUGCGGUUCAGAAAUUGCGAGGUGGGUCUCUGUUUGUUUGCGACUCUGUUCCAAAGAGCCAUGUGCUGGGAAAGUAUGUGCAGCGAUAUGAGCAGGAUCGUCGUUGAAAGUGGGUUUAUUAUGGGGAGUUGGUGCAAUGCAAUGACAUUUCUGUAACUUGGUUUCAAUAAUUGAUGAUGGGUGGCUGGUUGUCCUGUUAUGGGGAAAGAAUUGUAACAAAAAUAUUGAACGGCUGUGGAGGAUUGGUGUUCUUGUCUAUGGCAUGAACAUGAAUUGUCAGGGCGAAAUUGGCAGCCUUUUAGACGUCAAUUCGUGUCGAUGGAUGUGCAUGUGAAAGAGUUUGGAGAGGAAUGGGGAGACUGACGGUUCAAAAUGUUGUACUAUGAAGCUCUUGAUGGCUCGUUAGACCCAUUGUAUAAGAAAUGGAAAUGGUCGUUGUCUGGAUCGAUGAUUCUUAAUUCCAAUCAUGUGUCAUUUUAUAAGGAGAAGGAAAAAAAAUCAUUAACAAACUAAUUUUGGUUGCGAAUUAACUUUUCGGUAUAUAAUUUUGUUCGUUUAUCUCAUUGGCGGUGAGUCCAACAUGUCCAUGGUGAAUGUUUGGUAUCUUUCUUUCACUCGGAUAUGAAUUGUGCUAUGUACGAAACUCCCUGGCUUAAUUAUAUCUGUAAUAUUGAGGAUAAGUUUCAUGAAGCGAACAGUUUCAUACAUUCACUAAUCCGAGAGGGUCGUUGGGUUUCUUGAACGAGAACAAAUGGAUGUUAAAUAUGCUUAGUUAUGAAUGUGACAAGAGUCGAAACCCUUUUUUAGUUAGUCUCAUUCAGUAAUUGACCCUUGACGUGUUGUGGUUACUUGAUUGGACUACCUCGUCACCGAUGAUGAGUCUACAAGUAGUUCGUGACGUAUAUCUCUUACAAGUUACGACGAUACUGAUCGUAUCAGCUUCAAAUUUGUGCUUAAACUUCUUAGAUUCAUAUCCAAACUAGAUUAAUGUAAGAUUAGUUACCACUCUUCUUUCACUUCAAUGGAACUGAAUACACAUAUUGAUCAUGU